AUGUUUUCCAGAAAUAUUUGUAAGACCAUCAAGGUGUCCACGCAACAAGUGAGAGCCAAGAGUACAGCUCUCAACCCUCAACUUGAAAGAAUUGUCAACCAACUUUCUGUAUUGUCAGCAGGCAGAAAGCAGCCAAGACUUUUGAAGCUGUGCAAUGAGGACUACAUUAAACACAAGACCGUGAUGAAGGCGUGGUCUGUUUUGAGAAAGUCAAAGAAACAAUACAGGCUAGAUACUCUGAAAAAGCAAUAUGAAUCCAUGGAAGAAGCCGCUGAGGAACUUCAAAAACUUAGUCCUGAACUCUACGAAAUUGCAAACCAACAUCAACACGGUAAGAGGUUCCCAUUGGAAAUGAGAGUUCCAACGGAGUAUCCCCCAAGACAAAUAUGGUUUUAUGAUUACUUCCCAAAGAUUGGUGAUUCAAAACAAUGA